AUGUCCACUCACACCACCGCACCCCCACCCAUGUACGACGCGGAGGGCGAUGGUGCUGACAUCUAUCUGCGCAUCGACUCUACAUCGGCCAGCACGAUGCCCGACAAGCACGACAACUCGGAACCUAUUCCGUUCGUUGUGAUGCUCAUCUAUGGGCCAACUAACGCUCUCACGCUCCUGUUCCCCACCGAUGAGUGUACCAAAGUCACUCAGGCUCAGAUCGAGGUGUGGCUGCACUUCGCGCACGGUCCAUUCUGGACGCAGUGUGGGGCCUCAGACGAGCAGCUGGAGAGUCUGGUCGCGAUCAUCCUCAUGUACCGCGCGUUUGCGCUCGGGCAUCCGGGCGUGGAUCGUGAUGACUUCUAUCUCUUUGCUGCACACCUUGUACUCGCCGCCCACGAGCUACACCCUCUCGAACGUGCGGAUGACAAGCUCGCUAAGCUCGUAGGCUGGCUCAACGUGAACCUGCCGGCUAGCGUCUUCGACACCAAUGCUCACAACAUAUCUGGCACUCGCACUUCACCCGGCAGCGCUCCAGGUCCCUCCAACGCUGACACUAUGUCACAGUCCACACUCGAUCUGACCCUCGAGGACAACCACUACGGUGAUUCCUCUCUGGGUGGCCUAUUUGAUUCAACUCCUAUCGACUAUGCGGCCCUUGUCGACCAAAUGGAUGUUGACUGGAGCCAUUGUGGUCCUGGUAGCAGUCAUAUUGUGAAACAGCCUGCCCCAUAUGUGCAGGAUAAGGCAUCACGCAGCCUGUCCACUGCUGCUCUCCUUGAUGUCUUCCACCGCUUUAGUUCUGCAGGCGGCUUUACCCUCACAGAGAAUGCAAUUGCUUCUCCUGCUCCACGGGCUUCGACUCCACCGAGUAAGCCCUUUUCUUUACCCCCAUAG